CUUAUACGUAAGCCUCGGGCCUCCCUUCUCCUCUGUUUCGUUUUCAAAGUUUUCUCGCACUUCCGCCAUGGAAGCGGCUUUGUGUUCUUCUGCUUCUCCACCUUUGGAGUCUAAUGACGCCGGAUUUAUCCGAGAGGAGGACACAGAAGCCAAAGAAAUUUCCACCGUACAAUCGUCUGUCAACCACUUGAAUUCGAAUUCUUGCGAGUCUUCAUCAUCCAUUGCUAAUAGUAGAAAGAUUGUCAGGAGGAAGAAGAAGAAUACGAGAGAUGUUUUUGCUCCUGCUGCUUCUUCUUGGUCUUCUUUACAUUCCCAACAGAGAGGGUUGCGUCUUACAGCUAAACGACGGGGUCCGAGAGUUUCCAUUUGUAGUAAUCGUCGUGGAAAGAGCGAUUUCGAUGCUCUCGCGCUUCCUCUUGGGAUGUCGAUCGCUGCUGUUGUCGCUCAGGUUCUGGAAGGAGAACGUGUAGCAAAAGAAAAGAUUCCCCUUGAUCAUCUUUCAAUGAUUUGUGCUUCAGCUAUGAGAGAAUCUUUAGCCAAUGAUUUUGGGAACAGGUUUGACUGUUUUGUGAGGAGCUUUGAGGAAUCUCUUGGAAGCACCCUGAGGACCUUACGAGUAAUCAAUGAAGCGUCUGUAUAUGAGGAACGGGGUCUCAUCAGAGAAUCAAGUGCAGAAAGUUGUAGUUCAGAAAUGGUCCCACCUAAGUCUCUCUACAAGCAAGGACCUGGUUCUCAUUCAGAACCGUUGGGAUCUAUUAUUGAAGCUUGUGGACCAUCUAAUGCAGUGGAAGAAAUACAAGAGAAUUUGGGAUUAGAUUCAAUAAAUCAAGAGCUUGCCCUGCUUGAACCAAUGCACCAAUUGGCUGCUUCUUCUUUGAGCAGACUGGAUUCUGGUUAUAAUAAUACCAUGCUAAGCCCCUUUGAGAAAUCUCUGUGGGAACAAACUCGUUCUAAUGACCUCGAGACACUUCACGUUUUUCAGAACAUGAAGCGGCUGCAACUGAAAGAAUCAAAGGUGGCUCUCCAAUCCGAUUCAAAUAGUUUGGAGAGGCGUAAAUUAUCUCUGCGUAUCUCGAAAGCAUCAUUCAAUGCUGAGGAAUUCAAAACUCAGUUAGAAGAUGCAAGACACACUGAACUGCUCAAGAGAUGCAUAGACUCUCUUGUUGCUGGGUUACUUAUAAUGUCAGCUUUGCUUUUAUACGGGACAUAUGUUCAUUCGUACAAACGGAUCAUAGAAGCCACUGGGUCUUGUUCAUCUUCACCCAAGGGGGCUACUUCUUGGUGGAUCCCCAAGCAGGUCACAUUUUUCACCUCAUUGCUAGAUAUGCUGAAUAUGGCCAGAUGUCAGGUUGCAGUAUUCAGCCGGAUGCUGUUUGGUGUUUUGAUGAUCAUGACAAUCGCUUAUUUGCUUUUCCAACGUUCUUCCACUUCUAAUCAGGUGAUGCCAGUAACUUUCAUCCUUCUGCUAUUAGGAGUUGGCUGUGGCAUUGUAGGCAAGCUUUGCAUCGACACGUUGGGAGGGAAUGGAUAUCAUUGGUUAUUAUACUGGGAGGCUCUCUGCUUGAUUCACUUCUUUGCAAACAUGUGUACAAAAGUUUUGUUCUAUAUCCUGCAUGGACCUGUCCCUGUGGCUCAAGGUACUGUAGCAAGGGCAUUGCUUCCAUACUGGUUACGGCAGCUUGUGUUUUAUGUCAUUAUAAUUCUGUUCUUACCAUUAUUUGGUGGUUUGAUGCCGUUCGCAAGCUUUACUGACUGGAAAAAUCACUUCUUAGUGUUAAUCAAAGAUAAUUUAGUUGCAUCAGCUAUGGAGAAUGGCAAUUGAUGUUUUAGAUUAUGUCUGGAACUGUAAAGAUGUACAAAGGUGAAAAUGAUCGUUAGUUUUGAGGAGUUGAAUUAUUCUUCAUGUAUGGGUGUUUAUUUGCUCUUAGACUCCUCAAACAAUGUAUGGAUGUUGUUACCUGUAUUUUAUCUUCUAUUUAAAAAUUCGGAGGGAA